UAUUCGACGAUUAUUAAAUACAAUUUCGUACUCCCCUGUAUUAAAUACACUGAUUGAUGCAUACAACCACUCAUUCCAUCUUCAUCUACUCCACUUUUUUCUUUCUUUAAAUUCUUAUCUAGAGCGGCUGGCGUGCCGUCCUCCGCCACUGCCAUAGCCGCGAGUCAAGAACCAGCUCCGGACAUGGACGCGUCAAACGGCUCCGUUUACGAGCCCUUGAUGGGAAGCGAUGGGGCAGCUCUAUCCUCCCAAGCAGAGCACCAAACCAGCAAUGAGCUUGAGAGCAUCCUUCUCGACACGGAAAUCCCACGGUGGCAGCGUCUCAAGCUCGCCACGUGGAUCGAAUUGAAGCUCCUUUUCUACCUCGCCGCCCCUGCCGUCAUCGUCUACAUGAUCAACUACCUCAUGUCCAUGUCCACCCAAAUCAUCUCCGGCCACCUCGGGAAUCUGGAACUCGCCGCCGCUUCCCUCGGCAACACCGGCAUUCAGAUCUUCGCUUAUGGUCUCAUGCUGGGCAUGGGGAGUGCAGUGGAAACACUAUGCGGACAAGCUUUCGGAGGAGGGAAAUACGAAAUGCUGGGAAUAUACCUUCAACGAUCGACCGUACUUCUGACUAUAACCGGAGUUUUCCUUUCUUUAGUAUAUAUCUUCUCGGAGCCGAUCCUGGUAUUCCUCGGACAGGCGCCGGACAUAGCGUCGGCGGCGUCCCUGUUCGUGUACGGACUCAUCCCCCAAAUAUUCGCUUACGCCGUCAACUUCCCCAUCCAGAAGUUCCUUCAGGCGCAGAGCAUUGUGACGCCGAGCGCUUACAUAUCCGCCGCCACGCUGGUGGUGCACGUCAUAGUGAGUUGGGUCGCCGUCUACAAACUGGGCCUGGGCCUGGUCGGGGCGUCGCUGGUGUUGAGCCUUUCUUGGUGGGUAGUUGUGAUAGCCCAGUUUGUGUAUAUAGUGAAGAGUGAGAAGUGCAGGAAGACUUGGACCGGGUUCUCAAUCCAGGCCUUCUCCAGCCUCUGGGGAUUCUUCAAAUUGUCUGCUGCUUCGGCUGUUAUGCUCUGUUUGGAAACUUGGUAUUUUCAGGUUCUAGUUUUGCUGGCUGGUUUGCUUGAAAACCCAGAGGUUGCCUUGGACGCUCUCUCUAUUUGUACCACUAUUUCUGGAUGGGUUUUUAUGAUAUCCGUUGGAUUCAAUGCAGCAGCAAGUGUGAGGGUGAGCAACGAGCUGGGAGCAGGACACCCAAAAUCAGCAGCAUUUUCAGUGGUGGUUGUGAAUGUCAUCUCUUUUAUCAUCUCAGUGAUUCUAGCCAUUGUCGUUAUGGCAUUGCGUGAUGUUAUCAGCUAUGCGUUCACCGAGGGAGAAGUUGUGGCCAAUGCUGUUUCUGAUCUUACUCCCUUGCUUGCUGUUACUCUUGUUCUCAAUGGAGUUCAGCCUGUUUUAUCCGGUGUGGCGGUUGGAUGCGGAUGGCAAUCAUUCGUAGCAUACGUGAAUGUGGGAUGCUACUACAUUGUUGGAGUUCCUGUAGGAUCUGUUAUGGGCUUUUAUUUCAACUUAGGGGCAAAGGGUUUAUGGUGUGGGAUGAUUGGGGGGACAGUGAUGCAGACCAUCAUAUUAUUGUGGGUCACCUUUCGGACUGAUUGGACCAAAGAGGUGGAACUAGCACAGAAAAGAUUGCAUCAAUGGGAUGCAAAAAAGCAGCCCCUUUUGAAGAACUGAAAGGAGCAGACACAGAAAGGACAUUGCAUCUCCAGCUAAAUCGCUGGUCAAUUUGUUUCACCUCUUCCAAUUGUCAUGAAGGUUUAAGUAUUAGGACUCGGAAGUAUGUCGAAUCCCAGGAUUCGAUCCAAAGAAUUAUCAACACAUUUGUAAUGGUUAUCUUUUGUGUGUUCUGGCCUGAUAUCAUGCUGUUGUUUUAAAAUAAAUGAGUUUAUUUUGCUCCUGAGCUCCUGGCCUUUAUUUGAUUGCAACCAUAAAGUUGCUUAGAGACAAUUUUCUAGACUUGUUUCACUUUCACAAUAUAGCUGAAGUACCUUUUUUUAAAAGAAGCUGAAGUACCUAUUGAAAAAUGUAAAGUUAUGACAAAAAUAAAUGCUCCGUAUAUAAAUAUAUAUAUAAAUAAGAUAAAUGUUUGAAUCAUG